UCUCAUUCCAUAGUUUCAGGCCAGAUGCCAAAAUCAGGUAUUCCUAGUUCUCCACCGAUGAGACUUGUUGGAGAUGCGGAUGUGGAACGAAGUUUUUUAAUGAUACCGUAAAUCUUUUCCCCGGAAAAGUAUCAUUUUUUAUAAAUUGUGCGGUAUUUAGGAUACGCUGGAAUCAUUUUUCGAACGAAACUGUCUUUCAAGUUCAAGAUCGAACCGAAACGUUCAGCUUACUUACCUGAGAGAUUGCUAAGAUUUCAAAUAUAUUUUUCGGUUCAAUUUGAUAAACGUUGAUGAUAGAAGUUUGUGUUUUGACAUGUGGAAGAUGUUUUGCGUGACAAGUGCUGCAAGUGUUUGUGUUAGAUUAAGAAAAUUCGUGGUAUAAUUCAGAGUGUAUUUUGAGAUCAAAAGUACAUAUAAGGAGAAGUUCCAUUUGUUUCAAAGAUGGAUACUUUAUUAACCAGUCUUGUCUUUUAUUUGUUUUCGCUGAAUUUACGGCUGAUAUCAGCAAAACAGCUUACUUGUGGAUUUCCUGGUACCCCAGCAUAUGGAUAUGUCAAACCAGACAGAGCUGCGUAUUUUGAAGGAGAAGUCGUUUCAUAUUCCUGUAGAGUAGGUUACAUCCUUCUGGGAUCACCUAUCAGUAGGUGUACCGAUGACGGAUCUUGGUCAGAAGAUGUGCCUAUAUGUGAUGACAGUAUGACAACGUUAGGUGUUGCAUUUUCAACGCCGACAGUCCCAGGUAAUCCAGCCGAGCUCGCCAUUGACCGAGACAAAAAUACCUGCGCAUAUCUGAAACCAAAGAAGCCCCGAUGGUGGAGAAUAGAUCUAGGAGAGGAGCAUAAAGUAUUGUCUGUUGCUGUAACAAUGAUUUCUCCAGAUAAGUACGUGAAGUUUACGGUGUUUGUUAUAAAAACGCUAGGGACCAGUGCUUCUUACAAAAGAUGCGCAUCCUUCACUGGAAAAUUUGGCACUCAAACUGUUGUUUUAUCUUGCGCCGAGGGAAAGGGCAUUGAAGGUCAGAAAGUCCAUAUAGAAGACCAUCUCCAGGAAGAAGGGAUAUUCGAAAUUUGUGAGGUCGAAGUUCAAGUUGAGAAAGACACUGGAUACGAUUGUGGUAGGCCCAGCCGAAGUCUCUACUCUGUCACCUACGAGCCCAAAAAUGAUAUGGUGGAAUAUGGAUGCAUCAGAGGGUAUGAGAUCAAAGGCAAUGACUUUAGAUACUGUUUAAGUACUGGUCAAUGGUCAGGUGAUCCGCCCAUCUGCGAGCCAAUUCUCUGUGAUGAUCUGGAUGACCUUGAGCAUGGUACCAUCAAGAUCACUCAUGAGAAUGAUGGGCCACCAUUGGAAGGAGCUGUUGCAAUUUACAAAUGCGAUGAACGUUAUAAACUUGAGGGACCGUUCACACGAAAUUGCUUGAAAGAUGGAUCAUGGAGUGGUAAAGAACCAGAAUGCAAAGCCAUCCGGUGCCCAGUUCCAGAUGGCAAAGAUCAAGGAGGAGUUUAUAGGCUAGUCAACAAAACGAAUAGUAUGGGGAGUAUGGCAAUGUUAAGAUGUAAAGGUGGCAAGAGAGAAGGAGACAAUCCAUACAUCAUAUGUACUGAAGAUGGCGAAUGGACAAAGCCAGAAGCUUACUGUAUUUUACCUGCAAGAGCUGCUUAUGAAAGUCAAGAGUCGCCAAGAAUAGAAAAUCAAGGAGUUAUUAUAUUUGGAAUGGUUGUUGCUGCUAUCAUGAUCGUCGUUGUAUUAGUUGCCAUAUAUCUCUAUGGACAAAGAAGAAAUUCAAAUAAACCAGAACUUCCAAGUCGUUCAAUUGAACCUCCUGUGCCACCCCCAAGACCACCUCCAAGGAUUAAUAAAGGUGCUGCAUUUAAAUCUGCUUUCAUGGGGCUCAUCAAUCGAGAUAAUUCUGGCAAUCAAGACGAACCCAAAGUUGCAUGGAAAACCCAAAGCCUUCCAACAAACCAUGCUAAUGCCUCUGAUGAGGCAGGUAAAUAUAGUCCUAAAAAAGCAUUGUCAUACGGAGACACAUUAGACAAAGAUGAGCCAGCUGUCAUUCAAGUAGAAGUAUUGGCUCAUGAUGAUUCUGGAAAGAAGGUAGGACGUUUCCCACCAGUUCCUGAACAAAAUGAAGAUACCAGUCUUGAAAAUGUAGUUCUCGACUUAGAAGACAAGAGUAAUAAAGAUUCAACUCCAAAAGAACCAAGAAGUGCUGCAAGUGAUUAUGCAGCAGUUGAUUAUGAAAAGAAACGUCAAUCGCGUCUUCUCAAAGAACAAGAUUCUUUGGAUUCCUCUUCAACAGCAGGGGCCAGUCCACUUCCUCCGGAUGAACCGGAUAAGAAAGAAUCCCGCUCUCCAACUCCUCCGAAGCAUGCUUCCAUAAACGAAUCUGAAGAAGAGGAGGAAGAGGAGGAGGAGGAGGAAGAAGAAGAAGAAAGUGAAACGUCCAGUGUCCAAGCCAAGGAAGAUAUUGAACAACAACGCAAAGCUAAGGAGGAAGAAGAAAGAAAGGCGAAGGAAGAAGAAGAGAGGAAAGCAAAGGAAGAAGAGGAAAGGAAAGCCAAGGAGGAAGAAGAAAGGAAGGCCAAAGAAGAGGAAGAGAAGAGAGCUAAAGAAGAAGAAGAAAAGAAAAAAGCCGAAGCUCCUCCAGGCCGUCGGAGGAGGAUAAGGGAUGAACCACCACCGCCACCAGUAGAGGAUAAACCAGUUUUGCGCCGAUUCCGACGAUAGUUAAGUCUGUGAUGAAAUGGUAUACAAUAAGAACCAUUGAAGUUAUUUAUUUAAUAAGGAAAUCGAAUGAAUAGUGUACAGGGUGUUUAGAAAAGCAACAAAUGUGGAGGGCUUUUCUAUUUUGUUAUGACGAACUAAUGUCUCCGGACAUUUAAUUCCAGAAUCUUAUAAAUUGAAACAAAUUAAAGGGUGUCCUAGAAUUAACGCAAAAUUUGAAUUUGCCACCAUUCAUGCAGUAAAGUGUUGGCAAUCCUAUUAAAAAAACCAAUUGACAGCUGAUAGUUUAGGGUUAGUAAAAAUGGAUCGUUACACGAUAGAACAACGUGAGAUUUGAAUUAAAUAAUUAAAACAAAUAAAUAAUUUAAUAAUAAACAAAAUUUUUUCCCUUUAAAUUGUUAAAUUUUUAUUGAAUCGUAAAGUACACAGGAUAGAGUUAUAUAUAGAAUAACACAAAAGGCAAAUGGCUUUCACGGCUUCAAUGGCACAUGCGCACUCUUUUGUCGAAAUUUUCCAUGAUAAUUUUGCUUAAAUGUGGUUGAAUUUCGUUGAUGCAGCGUUGAAUUUCCUCCUUCAAUGCACGCAUACAUAUGGUCUUGUUGGUAUAGAUCUUUAAUUUCAAGUAACCUCAUAAAAAGAAAUCCAAUGGUGUUAAAUGACACGAUGUAGUUGGCCAAUUUCGAACUGUGGCCUCCAAACUCAUUAUUUUUGAAAUAUUGUUCGACAAUGAUAACACGUUGUUCGAACGUGUAAUGCUCCAUUUUCACCAAUCCUAAACUAUCAGCCGUCAAAUGGUUUUUUAAAUAGGGUUGCCAACACUUUAAUGUACGAAUGGUGCCAAAUUCAAAUCUUCCGUUAAUUUCGGGACACCUUUAAUUACGUUACAAUUACUAUCUUUUACAUUUUUAAUGACUACAGGGGAAAAAAAAUCACAAAAUACACACAGAUACGCUUUAAUUAUCAAGAAUUUUUUUCUGAGAUAUUUUUUGCAAGUUCUCUUUAGAAGAAAUGUGUAUUUUGAUUAACACUUACUUGAACUUAAUGUAAAAUAAAACACAGUCCAUGAUAUCAUAUUACUACAUCUUUAUGAUUAAUUUUCUACAGCUUGAAGAAAUUGCAUUUAUUCAAAAAAUAAGUUUAUCGUGGUCUACAUAUCUAAAAUAAAUAUAUGAGAAAAAAAUUAUGUUGAAAAAAAAUUGUUAAGAAUUUAUCUAUGAAGUUUUUCUUCUUCUAGGACUUUCAAUUUUUUUUCUUGAUAGAUCAAAUGAGGAUUAAUAGUUUAAGUAUAAUUUUUUUAUUACAUUUGUCAUAAGAUCCGGAAAGUGAUAUACAAUAAGAGCCUUUUUUCUUAAUCUAUUUGAGAUCUUAUAAUAUUUAAUGAGGUAAAAAAUUUUCUCUAUAUAAUAAAAGUUUUUUUGAAACACUCUGUAUAUUUCAAGUUGAUCCUUAAAUGAUAGUAUUCAUUUAAGAGUCAUUGACGAAAGAUUAAUGCAAUGACAUUCCUUUCUUGAAUCUUGAGAUCUUGCAAGAAGAAAGUGCGUUCAGUAAUGAUAGUUGCCAUCCUAAGGAAAUAUUUUGGGUUUAAGUUCGCAUCAAAAUUCCUUGAAUUUCUUAAAUUAAAAAAAAAAUCCUGCUUUUUUUAUUAGAAAUAUUGACAAAUUAAAUGAUGCACAACAUGAAAACAUUUUUAUAUGCAUUCGCACUGCCUGGUUUUUUUUAUUAUCAGUAUUGUGUUCUAAGUUAUUUUUUAUGAAAAGUUAAUUCAGUAAAUAUAACUCUUUGUUGUGAGAUAAUUUUUUUGCAACCUUCAAAAUAAGUUUUGCUCUCUGAGACUAUUGUUUUUCAUAUAAUUGUACUAUUGAUUUAAUUCUAAGAUAUAAACUUAGUAUACUAUAGUUGUCAAGAAUUGUCUUAUUAAACAAAUGAUUGACAAAAAUAGAACAGAGCAUCACAUAUAUUCCCAAUCAGUAAAAUCCUACGUUUAAUUUGUUUUAUGUAUUUGUUAUUUGCUUUUGUUUUAGACUGUUUUGUAUUGAUGACAAAUCAGACAUAAAAUAUUGU